GGGUUCGGCAAGCGCAGUGGCUCACCAAGACAAAGCUGGUGGAAGGCUUACCCCCGCCCGUGCUCGGCGUCCUCGACGGCCUGGCUCACCAGGACCACGAGGAGGUGGUCAAGCGCGCGAUCUCGCACGCGCGGUUCUGGAACACGACGGAAGUUGCUCCCAGGAGAGAGUAUUAUUGCCCGGUACUGUUUGAAGACUUGAUGCAUAUAUGUCGAUUAACAUCUGCGAACCUUCCUUCUCCGACUAAAAGAAUGUUGGCUAGGAACUACAAGAUAGCAGCUACGUGGGAAAGAGAAUCCAUUCUCCUUCAGGUCCGUGGCCUGAAUGGAAUACUUAUGAGCGCUAUGGCCCCAAUACCACCAGUAGCCUCCAAGGAGGAGAUCCUGGCCACUGAAGAACAUGUUCUGGAGACCUUCUAUCCCAUCUCUCCUACAAUUGACCUUCAGGAAGUGAAUGUGUACAAAGAGCUCAACGAUACAGGUUUUAGAGAUGGUUAUCCAUACUGUCAUCCUCACACUCUGUUCUUCCUGGAAUCGGCCAACAUUCGUACCAACAGGUUCAGACCGGAACAACUUCGUGCUAAAAUGCUGAUGUUUGCUUUCGGCAACGCGCUGGCAAAGGCUAAGGUGCUCUACGGGAAUGAUCCCAAGGUUUUGGAGCAGCCAAUAGUGGUGCAAAGCGUUGGCACAGACGGCCAGCUCUUCCAGUUCAUGGUGUUCCAGUUAAAUACAACAGACCUCGUCUCUAGCGAUGGCGUAAAAAACCUGGUCUGGAUUGACCCCGAUCAGAAUCUCUAUGAGAAUGCCCAGUGUAUUCCAGUGGUCAAGAAGAGAGUUGUUACGAAGCCCGCUGGAAUAUAUGGCUUUCAGCCAGACACAUUCAAGAAGUUUCUGGCACUGUAUCUGCACGGAAGUGUGUGAAAUUCAGCUCCAGUGAGAAUGCUUCACCAACUGUACCUGCUGCUUCUCUUUGCCACAACCGUCGAGUAAUUAAAGGUGGAUUAAUUUACUUUCAAAAAUAAAUUAUAUUGUUACCAAAAGUAAAAAUUAUUUGUUAAACUA